UAUUUGACUGCAAAAUGUUUUGGUUUAUCUAUCUUCUGUUCAUUUUUCUUUUAAGUAAUAAUCAACAAUGUCUAUGUCUUCAGUAUGAUUAUUAUUGGCGAGAUUUCAUUGACGGAGAAGUGCCCAGAGAUGCUAUAGUAGCAGGACAAAAUAUUAAUAAUGAAAACAUUUACAUUGGGCAAGUAUACCCAAAAAAUUGGGGUCUCAUAACUGCUGAAAUUUUUGCCGGGGUGAAAGAAGUCUACGUUCCGUUAGAUGGGAUCAAAAAGAUAGACAAAAAUAUAAAAAUUCUCUGUGGAACUCAACAAAACUUAUAUUGGAUGCUAACGAAUUCUUCUAGCCUUCCCUCACUGCUCGUUGAUCAUAUUGCUGUGACUGGUGGGUAUGAAUAUGCACAAAAGGGAGAUCGUGAAGGAAUACUAUACAUCGGAAAGUUAAAAUACAACGGAGAAUAUAAAAUCGGGAAAAUUGUUUCGUUCUAUCGUCCCAAUACGUUUAUUUUCAACGAUAAUAUGGCAGAAAUAGAAGCUAGCUCUUACGAAGUACUUCUAUUACAAAAAUAAUAAGACCAGUAGGUAAAUUUGUUGCAAGCAGACAGAAAAUCUCUACUUGCAAGUGAAGAUAAUUUAACUAUAAAUAUGUACCUAACAUAUCACGUAGAAAAUUAAAAAUAUUGUAUUAAUAUCUUUAAUGAUAUA